UAGAAUUUUCCUUCUGUUUCCUAAGCUCUGGUUUGGAGUCUGGAUAUCCUGCCUUUACUGCUCUAUUUCUUUUCUGUGUCCAUACUAUACGAUACCUCAAAAUGAUCACUAAAGAAAGCACACUAUUUCAGAUGAUGAAGUACGGUGUUCUAGUUUGGCCGAAUUUACUCACCACAUAUCUCAUGUCGAUAAUGGCGACAUAUCUAACUGGAGUCUGGAAGAUCAGUAUCACACAUGCAGCGAUUAUUGUCAAUCUGUAUUCGGGAACAGUGGGCAUAAUGCCAGUGGGCUUGAAACUAAUAAUGGAUGCUUUCGUCGGCAGCUACUGGGUGGUCUUGCUGUCCAGAUUUGCCUUCGCCGCUGGUUUGGUCCUUUUGACGAUGUCAACACCACCGGUCCUUUCUCUUGCAACAGGGACUUGUAGUUCAUACGAUGGCGAGUGCAUUGGCCAAGUUCAAAGAAUUCUCUUUUAUACAGGAUUGCCUCUAAUAGCUGUGGGAGUGUCCGGUCACUUAUCCUCGUUAAUGGAGUUUGUAGAAUCGCAGAUACCUCCACCAACAUAUGAACAGUUGUUUCCAUCUCAAUAUAACAAGUCCGAUCCAGAAGCAGAUGACAAUGACCACUUGUUGUGCCAAAUACGUUCAUGUAAGGGUUUCUUCUUUGUGAUGCUAUCGCUGUUGGUCCCUGGAGUUGCAAUUACGACAAUUGGUUAUGUCCGCCCUUGGUCAUUUAAGUUUGGGAUCCCAGCCACAUUUACCGUGGUAUCAGUACUUAUUUUCAUAUCUGGUUUAUCUUCAUAUGAACGUCCUAAACCAGACUCGAGCAUUCUUUCUCGAGUUUUCAGGAAAUUAGAUACAAAAAGCAUCACAUGGUUGAUUCCCUUAUGCAUGAACUUUGUCCUAAUAGGUGUUGUGUCUUCGAUUGGAAGUACUUUCUUCAUCGAACAAGCAACCGAUUUGAACCCCUACAUUGGGAAGUUAUUGAUUCCUAUUCUUAUUCUACCAGCUUUGCAAGAGUUGCCCAAAAAAAUUUGGGCACAGACAAUAGAAGGGUUUGCCAACCUUCCUGAUUUGUCAGUUUUGGUGUCAAUAAUAUUUGCCGUUCUAAGUUGUAUAACAGCUGCAAAAGUGGAGGCCCGAAGGUUAGGCAUGGUUAAUAGCCAAGGUGUACUUGACGAGCCUGAGAAAAGAAUUCCCAUGAGCAUGUUUUGGUUGGUUCCACAGUUUGUUCUGCUUGGUUUGGCAGAAGAUCUUGCAGAGAAAACCCUUCAAAAUGUCUUCGUAAUUCAGGUGGAACCCCGAACCCUUGGUGAUGCUGUUCCAGCAUUCUUUAUUUGUUUAAAAAUAUUCCUGAAACUAGACAUCGAUGAUGACGAGGAAACCAAAGAGUCCAAUCGAAAGAUUAUGGUACGCUUUAAAGAAACUAUGAGAUCGAAGCGUGCUUAUAAGGAAAGUUUAGCUCAGGCAGUUAAAGGAGUCGGAAUCAUAUGCGGUGUGUUGUCAGUUUAUCUAGUGGGUAAGAUAAGUGCAAGAGGAGGGAAACCUAGUUGGUUUCAGUACACCAUAAACAGGAGCCGUUUGGAUAAUUACUACUGGACGUUGGCUGCAUUAAGCGCUGCUAAUCUCUUUUAUUUUGUUUUCCUGAUGUGUAAAUAUCCCCAAGAUCCGGAACUACUUCGAUACCAACAAGAAUGUCGGGAGCAUGGAAAACUGAUGCAAGGAGUUGAGGAACUUGGAAACCCUGAUUCAGUACCGGAUGAUGUAAAAGCUAAGUGGACUGCUACUUAUAAUCAGAUGGCUACAGAGCACCCCGAUUGGUGAUAUAAUCCCAUUAGUUUCAAUGUUUGAUAUAUCUCUCUCUUGUUCGUUUGUUACAUUUUAAGAUUACAGUUUCUGGCCUUUUGAGAGAAUCAUCUCAUUUAGCUGCAUUCUGUAUUACAUGCUCCAGUAUGCACAUGCUGUGUGCUGAUCGUAUGAAUGACAUAGUAUUUUACA